UACCGUAGUGAGCUGCAGCUUUAGCAUCGCUGCUCGGGGAUGACUCGUUUGUGCGAAUUUCCCGUUACAAUGACCCGGUGUUACGUGUUCGGUCUCUAACCGGUUAAUGUCUGCAGCUAGCGUUUGUAUGGCCGCUCCAACAUGAUGACUUACCAGGUUAAUGCAUCGCAACCUACCGCAAAGGCUUUAAUAUCAGGGGCGAGCUCGAAUUGCAGCCAGCGCGGCCCUGAUGCGGUUGGAUAUCCGACGUACAGGAACUUCGGGAUGGGAGCGGGUGGAGGACAAGCAGCUCUCAGACAAAAUAAUCGCAUGAGGAGGAAAUUUCCUGCCAUACAACCCCUGAGCAAGUCCGGCGAUUGGAAAACGUUGGUUAGCGGCAUCAUAGCUGCAGGGUCACCUAACUUAGCCAAAGAUGACCACCUGGAGUCAGAGAACAAUGCCCUGGAGAAGGACAUCUGUGGGAGACACUUUCUUUAUGAUAAGAAAUGUACGAGGUUAGAGAGGACCAGAACUGUGAUUCCUCCGCUGCGAAGAGACUACCAUGUGCACAGACCUGGCAGCCUGCAUCCUUUCAGCCUGUCCAAGGAGCUUUCCCACAGCCAUGCUGGGCGGCCCUUCACCCUGGGCUACACUGAAAGAUAUGAACUGAACACGAGUCCAGCCAUCCUCUUUCCCUCCACGUUAGUCCUCAAUGGCAGAAACACCUUCUCAGUUGAGAACUGCAAGCUCAGCAGGCCUAAGGUGCAUUAUCCAACCUCCAACCUACUGACUGUUAAAGAUCAAUCAAAUCAAAAAAGCCAGUCGUAUCCAGACCCAAUGGUUGGAGCCUCUCGUUCUUUCAUCCACAGGAUAUCUGAGCUGUCCUCUUUGGAGGGAGAGACGGUGAGACAAGAAAAGCUCAAGAAAAUGCGGAAACCUAGAAAACCUUCAUCCUGACAAUCACCUUCUUCCCAGUCACCCUGGUUAAGGAUCAAAACCUUUGAGUCUGUGCCAACGACGUCUGAGCAAAAUAAAACAUUUGGUGGACCGUGCUCGUUUCAGUGGCUCGUUCUAACUGCUUGUUUGUCCUCAGUGAUAUUAGUUUCCUGCUUAACAUGGCUGAUCUUCACUUUCUGGGAUUCCUGACCUGAGCUCCUCUUUUAGUGAUUUACAUGUAGUAUUUACCGUGGUAAACUGCAGCGUUUGCUCCACUGAUAAAUGCUGAUGAUGAAUAUUAUUGAAUAUUUUCAAUCCUCACUCCCAGCUCCCGGUACUCCUCCACUCAGCAUCUGCAUGAACAGAUAUUUAUUUUAUCUUUCUAAUGGCUUGUAAUGGCUGUUAUGUAAUACUGCCAUAUUUAUCACUGUAUCAUUAAUAUGUUACAGAGGCUGUCAAGCUUGCAUCUCAUUACAACAGUGUUUCAAAUA